AUGACGAUGAUUAGUGCUGGAGAUGCUCAAAGCCUAUUGAAUCAUUUUAAGCAGAAACAUACAGAAGAUCCCAUGUUCUUUUUCACAGUUCAAGUAGAUCAAGAAAAUCGCAUGACUAAUUUUUUCUGGAGAGAUGGGAGAUCAAGGGUUGAUUAUGAUUGCUUUGGAGAUGUAGUUGUUUUUGAUACCACCUAUCGUACCAAUAAGUAUAAUUUGAUUUGUGCUCCAUUUGUUGGUGUUAACCACCAUUGGCAAAAUGUGAUGUUUGGUUGUGCUUUCCUUUUGGAUGAAACCACUGAUUCAUUUAUAUGGUUGUUUAAAUCAUUUUUAGAAUCAAUGGGGAAUCGGUCUCCAGUUACAAUUUUUACUGACCAAGAUCAAGCCAUGUCUAAUGCUAUUCAGGUAGUGUUUCCAAAUACACAUCAUCGACUAUGUUUGUGGCAUAUUUCCAAAAAUGCUCCUUCUCAUUUAGGGGAAUUAAAUACUAACACAGAGUUCAAGUACCUUUUCAACAAGUGCCAAAAAUAUUGUGAUUCUACACUAGAAUUUCAACAAACUUGGGAUAAAAUGAUACAAAAGUCUAAAAUUCGACACAAGCAGAGCACUGCAUUCACUAAGGAUAGUUUCACCGCUGAAUUUAAAGCUUCCUCAAGGAGUGAAAGUACAAAUAAUGUUUUGAAUAACAUAGCAGGAAACUUUGUUGCCAUUGCUGCAUAA